AUGGUCUGCAAAAUAGUCGCAAUUGGUGCUAUUGAGGGACACUUUGAGAUCUUUGCAAAGCUGACCAAAUUGCACAAGAAAACUUCUUUCUCCUUCGGGCUAGCUUUGGGAGACUUGUUUGCAGAUCCUGCAGUUGACAGCGACCAGACGAAGGACGCUAUUGCGUCUCUUGUGAGUGGUGGUCUUGAUGUUCCUUUUCCCAUUUACUUCUCCCUUGGUCGACACCCUCUGCCAGUCCAGGUCAGAAGUAAGCUCGAAGAUUCAGGAAAUGGUGAACUUUGCCCGAACUUGUAUUACUUGGGAAAGAGGUCCACUACGAUUACGUCGGAAAGGAUUCGAAUUGUAGCUUUGGGUGGUGCAAUGGACAGUGCGCUCACUGCAGGACAUUCGAAAGACGAUUUCUUGCCCUUGCACACCGAAAGCGAUGUCAGAUCGCUCUAUGGUGCCCAUAAAGCUGAUAUUUUGAUCAGCAAUUACUGGCCGGCAAAUGUUCUUUCACACUCAAAUGUCACUGUUCCGGCCACUUUUGAAGAGCCACCCAGCGAAGCAUGCCUGGCAGAACUAUGCGCAAAUCUUCGACCGCGCUACUACUUCAGCUCGUCCCCUCAGUUCUUCUUUGAGCGAGAACCCUUCAUCCAUAAUGCAGUGGACACCUUGGAGGUCACCCGCUUCAUAAGCAUAGCAAGUUUUGUAAACAACGCAAAUCAAAAAUCUCUGUAUGCAUUCUCUUUCAAUCCUUCGGCCGUCGCAAUAGACACUACGCCACCUAACGCAACAGCUACACCUUUCGUUGCAAAUAGGCAAAAACACUCCAGAAGCGAUGAUCGGAGGGACAGUCAGCACCGCUUCUCGCAAAAUAACGACCAACACUAUCGCCGCGAUACCAAGCGAGCUCGACGACCACUUCCUGGUCCGGAGUCAUGUUUUUUCUGUCUGUCAAAUCCAAAUGUGGCAACGCACCUUAUCACAUCGAUCGGCAACGAUAGCUAUCUUACGACUGCCAAAGGUCCUCUCACAACGUCCAAGACUUUUCCGCAUUUAGAAUUUCCAGGGCACAUACUGAUAAUACCCCUGUCGCACUCACCGACUUUCACCAGCAUCAAUCCUCCAGAGACUGCGGCAUCUACCUAUCAGGAAAUGACAAGGUACCGCAAGAGUUUGCAAUCUCUUGUCUCUGCAACCUCAAACGGGACUCUUGGGUCGGUAACGUGGGAGAUUAGCCGUGCGAACGGUAUUCACAAUCACUGGCAAUUCUUACCCGCACCAGUUGAUAUGAUUCGUAAAGGCCUUGUUGAAGCGGGCUUCAAAGUAGAAGCAGAAAACGAACGGUAUGCAGCAUUCAAAGAGAAAGACAUCGGAGACGGCGCGCAAGAAGAGGAUUUUUUGCGAGUUUGGCUAUGGGAUCCUCACGACCCAAACGUGAAUGUCGCCGCCGAGGAGCUUCGCGUAGGUGAAGAUGGCAAAGAACAGUCACUUAUUCUUCAGCUGCACCAAGAUGCCAGGUUCAGUCUACAAUUCCCUAGAAAAGUCAUGUCGCGACUGCUAGGUCUAGAGCACCGCCUGCAAUGGCAGGACUGUGAACAGAACGACGUGGAGGAAAAAGCCGAGGCAGACACAUUCAAAAAAGCAUAUGAAGCAUUUGAUUUCACAUUGAAGGAAUGA